AUUGCCAUUUUUUGGGGACGAAAGGAAUAUUAAUAAAAAUUUAUAAUUUAGAAUAGCCAAGUCACGUCAAUGAAUUUCUGUCUGAAUACACAAUUAAGCACCCGUUACAACUUCACAGUGGCAUCUGCCGGAAAAUCCAUAGCCAUGGCCAACUCCGUUAGAGUCGCCGCUGCUCAGAUGACGUCCGUUAAUAAUCUCGCCGUUAACUUCGCUACUUGCUCUCGCCUCGUUAAGGAAGCAGCUUCAGCAGGGGCUAAAUUGCUAUGUUUUCCUGAAAAUUUCUCUUUUGUGGGAGACCUACAGGGAGAGAGUCUUAAAAUUGCUGAGACCCUAGAUGGACCUAUUAUGACAGGCUAUCGUUCUCUUGCAAGGGAAUCAAAUAUUUGGUUGUCGCUAGGAGGAUUCCAAGAAAAAGGGAGUGAUGAUGCACACUUGCGCAACACUCAUGUUCUCAUUGAUGAUAAUGGAAAUAUUAGGAGCACGUACAGUAAGAUGCAUCUAUUUGACGUGGAUGUUCCUGGAGGUGCAGUUUAUAAAGAGAGCAGUUUCACUGAAGCUGGAAAUGAUAUUGUUGUGGCGGACAGCGCUUGCGGACGUUUAGGUCUCACCGUUUGCUACGAUUUAAGAUUCCCUGAACUGUAUCAACAGCUGAGGUUCAAUCAUGAUGCACAGGUUUUGUUAGUGCCUGCCGCUUUCACAACGGUGACUGGUCAGGCACAUUGGGAGAUACUUCUUCGUGCUCGUGCAAUUGAAACACAGUGUUAUGUAUGGCCAUCAUCUGUUUUAGUCAUAGCUGCUGCUCAAGCAGGGAAGCAUAAUGAAAAAAGGGAAAGCUAUGGAGAUACCUUAAUAAUUGAUCCGUGGGGAACAAUAGUUGGUCGGUUAUCAGAUCGGACGUCAACAGGUAUUACUGUUGCAGAUAUUGACUUCUCAUUAAUAGAUUCAGUCCAAGCAAAGAUGCCAGUGUCUAAGCAUCGCAAGCCUGCUGAAUUCUGGAAUCAACAUCCAUAAGUUGGUGGCUAUGUCCUUUUGAUAGUUGCCGCUGUAAGCUGCUUACAGGUAGCACAGGUCAUGUAAUUCUCAACAUAAUAUAAACAUGUACAUUAGACAUAAUAUCCCUUGUCUACCAGUAGCAGCUACUAAUGCUGAAGUUUUUCAUGUCUCUAUUAUGAAUUAAAGUUAUCCUUCCUUUCAUUUAUAUUCAUGCUCGCGGGACAUUACAACUAU